AACACUCUGUCCUUCUGGAUGUUUUGGCUCUAAUUUCCACCCCAAAUGGGUGUUGCCCCUCUCCUUUUUCUUGGCCAACUUCUCUUUGACCAAUAUAAGCGCAUGCUGGAGGCUGGUGGGCAGUCAUGCAUUUUAUGGCAGGCCCUACACACAGCCGGAGUCUGGGGCCCCUGGGCCUCCACAGCACCCCCCACGCUCUGUGCAUGGUCCUCUUAACAGUGCUGGUCGUGAUGAGCUUGGUGUUUGGUAAAACUGAUCCUGUCAAUCAAGAGCCCCCUUAUCCAGCUGAGUUCCCCAAAUACCUGCGCUGCUAUCGGUGCCUCUUGGAGACCAAGGAGCUGGGGUGCCUGCUGGGAUCUGACAUCUGCCUGGCCUCUCCUGGCAGCAGCUGUAUGACUCUCUUCAUCAAGAACAGUAGUGGGUCUGACAUCAUGGUGAGUGACUGUUGCCGCAAGGAGCGGAUGAGUGACUGCUCACACACCCGCACUUCCCCCGUGUUUGGCUUCUGGAUGUUCUCUCGAUGCUGUUUCCAGGAUUUCUGCAAUAGCCCACAGAACCGAGCGCUCUAGUCCCAUAGGACGUCUGCAGUCUGCAGAGACCUUUGCAGUAAAAUGUUGCCGGUGUCCAGCCAGCUUCCUGGUUCCCACCUGGGCGCAGCCAGGACAACUUCUAGCCCCCCCAGCAGUCGUCCCACCUCCCCCAGGUUACCUGACCCAGCCCCCGUUGCCUCUUGCUUGCCGCCCCUCAGCACCCCCAUUCACACUCUGCCCCUCCCCAAGCUCCCUCUCCAGACAUCUCUGGAGUUUUCCCUGUAAGUCCUCACAGUCUGACAGCUUCCCUCGCCUCUUCUCCCACCUCUAGGCAGCCUUUGCUCUGCUCUGGCCUUCUCCCUUCCUCCCACCAAGGCCUCUCUCGCAAGGUGUUCCUGCAGAAUAAAUUGGUGUACAAUCUGUAUGGUUUCUCUCUCUUCUGGUGGAGGUGGAGGCUGAGGGGGGGUCCUGCCUGGCGGCCCCAUUGGGGGACAGGUAAGGGGCUCCCAGCUCUUCUGAGCUCUGCUCUCACCUGUCUUGGUGUCUGAUUCAGCUCUAAGCACAAACAGGUGAAGAGGAAUUGGAAGGAGAUACAGUGCCAGCCAAAGGGCAGUGGGCACCCGUUAGUGCUGUCAGCCCAGAGCCGUGUGGGAACUGCAGGGAGGUGUCGGUGGGCGUGGGCUGUGCAAGGCAGGUCCAAGGAGAAGGGUGCGAGCGGCUGGGCCUCGUGGAGCCCGGGGCUUUGUCCCAGGCUCAGCUCCCUCAGGACCAUGGCUCUACGCUUGUUUCGGGCCUUGGGGUCCUCAGCCUCUGAGGCUGUCUUCCAGUUCGGGCCUUUCUGUCCUAGACCGAAAUCAGGUACAAGGAAUAGUGGGCCCAGCAAGAGGGGGACACACAGGUUUACACCUUUGUCCCUCCAACUGCCUUCUGACCUAAACAUUGACGUUGGUGUUUCCCACCAGAGCACAGGCCAUGGAGUUAACACGUGGCCAGCGUCAGUGCUGUGUACAUGAGUAUAUGCUGUAUGAUGCCGUUUAAACCCAGCAGACAAAACCCAGCCGAGCUGCUCCAGCUCGGGGUAGAGGUGACGCCGAGUUGGGGGCAGUGCCUAGAAGCAGCUUUGGGUACCAGAGGCCUUUAUGCCAGCUUAAAACUGCUAACACAGGUGGGUGGUUUUCAAAAGCCCAUCUUAUAUAUGUUUUGCCAGAGGUUUAAAAACAGACAGGCCUAAGUCCGUUUGUCCCGAAGGCAUGUGUGUGCGCGC